AUGACCAACCGAGACCCUGAAUUUCGGCAUCAGCUGGGGAAAUUCCGGCUGGAUUCGUCUCUGCCGCCUCCGCAUUCCGUCUCGUCUCCUCCGUUAUCGCGACAUCCUCACCCUCCCCCGCAGGAACCGUCGCCGACCGCACUCAACCCGCCCUCCCCCCUCCACGUCCCCGGUCCCCAUCGCAGCAAGCGCGUCUCCACGGCCUGCGACUUCUGUCGCAAGCGGAAGAAGAAAUGUGAUUUUCGCUAUCCCAAUUGUUCCGCCUGUACACGGGCCGGCGUCCGCUGCACCAUCCCGCCUCCGGGACCGCAGGUCGCCAACGCGUCCGUGCCCCGCGACCAGCUCGAAAAUUUGCAGAAUCGGGUCCGAUGGCUGGAGGACAUGGUGCGCCGCCAGACGGGCGUUUCGGUAGCCAACCGGCCCACGGGGAGCGCGCUCGACGGUGCCGGGGAGGGCGACGCCGACGGGUGGUAUCAGGUCCCGGCGAUUAUGAUGACGCGCGGCGCCUCUCCCCGUCCAGCCACGGCUAAUGCGGCGGCGGCCGCAGUCACCGCAUCGGCUUCGAGUCCGACGGGGGCCACCAGCCCAUCGGCGGCCGUGGCUCCCGAGCUGCCUAACGUUGGGGAGAUCUUUCGCGACCAGCUGGAGCAUCGUCGGCCGUCGGUCGCGCGGCCAGUCUCGUCUGCCCCGCGCGUCGUGCGCCUGCCCUCGCUGGCGGAGGCGGAGCGCGUGUCCGCGCAGUACUUCGACAGCAUGGGAUACCAGUACCCAUUCCUGGACCGGUCCGAGUUCAUGGGGCAUCUGCGUCGCAUCUACGCGGGGGAGACGCCCGGGCCCGAGGUGGUCUACAGCUACCACAUCACCAUCGCCAUCGCCCUGUUGAUCGGGUCGGCGGACGAGACGCAGACCGCCAAUUUCUACCGCGCCAGUCAGGAAACGCUAUCGUUGGCGCUGCAGAACGAGGAUCUGGCCGCAGUGCGGGCGCUGCUAAGCCUGGGGCUCUACACCAUGUUCGCGACGACGGGGCCGAGUGUGUGGCAUGUCCUGGGUUCGGCGCUGCGGCUCGCCACAAGCCUGGGGUUGCAUCGCGCUCGGCCGGGGAUGAACCUCGUGGACGAGGAGAUGUCGAAGCGUGCGUUUUGGAGUUUGUACAAUCUGGAUCGGCUGAUCGCCAGCACCCUGGGUCGACCAUUGGGUAUCGCGGACGACGACAUCAGCGUGGCAUUGCCGCGGGAGCUGAACGAGGAUUGGACGGAGGCCCCAGGCACCAGUCCCAUGACUAUUCCGCUGCAGGUCGUCCGGCUGCGACGCAUCUUCUCGCGCAUCUAUCGCUACCUAUAUAACAACCAGCCGCCUCCGCCGGCGUCCGAGGCUGUGACGAUGCUGCGACACUUCCGCCAGGAGCUGGACGAUUGGAGGCGCGCGGCCCCCGUCUAUCCGCCGGCCCUUCUGUACUCGACCAGCUACUACGAUUACCUAUACGCGACGACCCUGCUGCUAAUGCACCGGCCCAGUCCACGGAACCCGAUGCCGGAUUCGACCAGCAUCGUAGGCUGCGGCGACGCCAGCAUACAGGUGAUCCGAUCGUACUGGGACAGCUUUUCGGUAGGGAAGAUCAAGUGGAUCUGGUUGACGCUGAGCCAGACGUAUUUUGCGGGCAUCACCAUCCUGUGGUGUCUGAAUCAAAACCUCCGUACCGUGCAGGCCGGACAGCCUGCGGUGUGGAAGCCCGACGACCAGACGAUCCGCCGCGCCACGCAGGCGGUGGUCGUGCUGUUAGAGGAGUUUAGCAAGCGACGGCCUGGGGUGGAACGACUAGCGGAGACGUUCCGACAGCAGAGCACGAUGCUGUUCAGCCACCUGGCGUAUCAGCAGGAGCAACAACAAGAGAUGUUCCAGCAGCAACAACACCAGCAUCCACCCCUACCACAGCACCUGCAUCAACCCCAGCAGCAACAGAUGCCACCCCCACCACCACCAUCCUCGUCCCUCUCUCACACCCAGUCGCCGCUACAUCCCGAUUCGCAGCCGCACUUGCUGGUCGCACCACCGGUGCCGCUCGCGCCGGUCCUCGACGAAGUGUUGCUGGUGGAUGGGUCGGGGACGAUGCCGGUGAUGGAUCCGCAGUUGGCGGAGCAGUUAUUUUAUUCGACCUUGUUGUUUUCCUAUGUACCAGAAAUCUACGCGGUGCCUUACCAGAUAAACCACAUUAAGAACACAUCAACAAUGCCCACCCAAACCGCUCGCGCUUUCUACGGCACCCUCGUACACACCCCCGAACCAACCAACCUCGAAGUCCACCACAACACCCUCCUCAUAAUCUCCCCCACCGGCAUCAUCCAACCCUUCCAGCCAUCCACCCCAGCCAACACCAUCCCCUCAAUCCUCGCCUCCAACAACUACACCCUAGAAACCUGCCCCUUAACAACCCUCUCACCCAACGAGUUCCUCCUCCCCGGUUUCAUAGACACCCACAACCACGCCCCACAGUGGUCCCAACGCGGCACAGGCCGGGGCAUCGACCUCCUAACCUGGCUGGAAAAGAUCACCUUCCCACACGAAGCGCGCUGCGCGGACACAACCCACGCCACGAGGCUCUUCAAGAACUGCGUUGCGGGAGGCCUCAAGCAGGGUAUCACAACCGCCUGCUACUACAGCUCGCUGCACGUAGAGGCGACGACCAUUCUGGCACAAACAUGUCUGGAACAGGGCCAGCGCGCCCUGGUCGGUCGGUGCGCAAUGGACCGCAACGCGCCAAGCUGGUACGUCGACGCGGACUCCGCCACUGCUAUCGCCGCGACAAAAACCUCCAUCGCGCAGAUCAAAGCACUGGAUCCCAACGGUGAGCUCGUGCGACCAGUGAUCACGCCGCGGUUUGCCAUCAGCUGUAGCUACACGACCCUGCAACGCCUGGGAGAUCUGGCAACAACACACCGGGAUCUGCCAAUCCAAACGCACUUCAACGAGUCGCGGGGCGAGAUGGAGUUCACCAAGGAACUCUUCCCACAGUAUGACACCGAGGCAGAAAUGUACGAGUCGCUUGGACUGCUCGGGCCGCGAACGAUCCUCGCACACGCAAUCUAUCCAAGCAAGUGGGAGAUAGGGCGUAUGCAGGCGCGGCGAUGUGGGAUCGCGCACUGUCCGACGCCGAAUACGACGAUGGAUGAGUUUAUGGUUGCGCCGAUUAGGGAGUAUCUGCGGCGGGGGAUGAAAGUUGGACUGGGGACGGAUUGUGGGGGUGGGUUUUCGGGGUCGAUGUUGGAGGUUAUGAGGUGGGCUUUUAUGGUUUCUGUUGCUGGGAAGGGAGGGGUCAGGGGUGAGGAUGCGACGGGAUCUGGAGGAUCUGGAGAGGUUGAGGGCGGGGCGAAGGCUGGGGAGGAGAUUUCUCUGGUUGAGGGACUGUGGAUGGCGACUGCUGGGGGAGCGAAGGUCGCUGGGCUGGGUGAUAAGGUGGGUUUCUUUGCGGAGGGGAUGGAGUUUGAUGCGAUGGUUGUGAGGACGGCGGGGUGGGAGGAUGAGGGGGAGGGAGUAGAUGGGGUGAUGGCGUUGGUGGAGGAGGGGGAUGACAUGGAAGCUGUUGUAGAGAGAUUUGUGAUGACGGGGGAUGAUCGGAAUAUUCGACGGGUGUUUGUUAAGGGGCGGGAGGUCAAGUCGUUGGAUUAG